AUGGCCGCCAACCCAGGAGAGGAUUCCCUCUCUCCGCUGAUCCAAAAAUGGCUUGAGUGGGACCAAGAUGCCUCUACUCGCGGGGAAAUUGAGCGGUUGCGCGAUGCAGGAGAGCUGGCGGAGUUGCAGCAGCGCCUGCAAAAGAGAAUCCAAUUUGGCACCGCUGGUCUCCGGGGUCGCAUGGCAGCGGGCUUCUCUUGCAUGAACUCUUUGACUGUUAUUCAGGCAUCGCAGGGUCUGGCGAUGUACUUGAAGAAACACCAUGGUGAUAUUGCCUCCUAUGGCGUCGUCAUUGGCCAUGAUGCUCGCUACAAUUCCGCCAAGUUCGCCGCUCUGGCCGCAAAUGCUUUCAUCGCACAGAGGAUCCCGGUCUGGUUCUACUCCGAGCCUUCUGUUACGCCGACGGUGCCUUUCGGUGUAACCCAACUGCAUGCUGCUGCAGGCAUCAUGGUUACGGCAAGCCAUAAUCCAGCACAAGAUAAUGGUAGCUAUUUCAAAAAUGGCGCCCAGAUCAAUACCCCCAUGGAUGUGGAGAUAGCUCGAUCUAUCGAGGAGAAUUUGACACCCUGGCCCAACGCUUGGAAAGACUUGCAGCCCGGUGAAUAUUUGCGCCCCAAGGCGUACGACAAUCUCCUGCCACACUACAACACAGCAGUAUGGCAAUACGCUACAUACACAGUGCGGGAAUGGAAGCAGCCACAGCCAUUUGUGUACACUCCUCUGCAUGGUGUAGGAGGCCUGGUAUUCCCCAGCUUGUGCCGUUCCGUUGGUAUCAAAGAUUUCACUGUCGUCCCAGAACAAGAAGAACCGAACCCCGACUUUCCCACGGUAGCUUUUCCCAAUCCCGAAGAGGUUGGAGCUUUGGAUCUGGCAAUGCGCACCGCGGAUCGGGAGGGCAGAGAACUGAUUAUCGCACAUGAUCCGGAUGCAGACCGCUUUGCGGCUGCUGAGAAGGUCAAUGGAUCGUGGUUCACUUUCACUGGAAACCAUUUGGGAGUACUGCUUGCAUCGCACUUGUUUGAUUCCUUGGAGACUAUCGACAGCGACACACGAAUCGCCGUGCUGAACUCGACCGUCUCGACGUGCAUGUUGGAGAAAAUGGCCAAGGCAAAGGGGAUGCAUUACGAGGAAGCAUUGACAGGUUUCAAGUGGAUGGGCAACAUCGCGCGAAGGCUCGAAGAACUCGGCUACUAUGUUCCAUUCGCCUUUGAAGAGGCGCUUGGAUACAUGUUUCCGGAGGUGUGCUACGACAAGGACGGUAUUUCCGCCGCUAUGGUGUUCUUGCUAGCCCAAGCCAAAUGGAAUGCUCAAGGACUCACCCCAUAUACGAAGCUUCAGCAACUCUUCAAGGAACACGGGCACCACGAGACUCUCAACACCUACGUCCGAUCGACGGACCCAGAGCUCACCAUGGACCUAUUCCGAAAGAUCAGAUCUGGACAGUUCGGCGCCGGAAAGUCCUUUGGCUCCUUCAACAUCCAGCGAUGGCGAGACCUGACGGAGGGUUACGACUCGGGAACCGAGGACCACACGCCCACACUUCCGGUUGAUAAGAGCACCCAGAUGCUGACACUAUGGCUGGAUCGGGAAGUCAGAUUCACCAUUCGUGCAUCGGGCACGGAACCCAAAGUCAAAAUCUAUAUUGAAAGCAGCGGAGCAUCGCAGGACCAAGCCGUCGAGGCUGUCCGUGACACAUUCCUGACCGUUAUCAAGGAAUGGGUCCAGCCUUUUGCUCCAGCCAUGACGUACAGCGAGCAACAGGUUACAUCCUCGGGCAUUAAGUUCCCGGUGAAAUAA